AUGAAUUCACCUAUUUCCUCACCUUCACACUUGGACUCUCAAAAAUCUAUCUACAUAUGCACAACCACAGUCAACUCCCGAGCACCCCUUCUCGACAAUGCUGAGCAGAGUCCUUGUCGAUCCAACUACCAAGACCAGUUGACCACUAUCGGCCGAUAUGAGACACUGGAGACCACUUACUACGGCUCCCAUCCCAUUAAUUCGUCCACCAGUGACUACCUAGCACUUUCUUCACCUUCGGGCGUCUCGCCUCUUUCUUCCCUGUCAUUACACUCUUCCACAGACCCUCGGAACCUAAGUCUUCAGGCUCUAGCAGACUCCAGAUCUAACUCUCAGUUGUCUGGCUCCACUACCAAACAAGACGGUUUUUCUGUCGAUAGUGCAGAUGGCCAAAAAUUCAUACCGUCACCCCCGGCCACCAUUGGCCACUUUUCUGUCGGCCACAGGCUUAUGCUAGCGAAAGAGACCGAGACGGGACAAACGAUAUCAACAGCCUUAGGCAGAAUUCAAGCUCAUCAAGCUGGCUUGGCUGGAGACUUCGAGACCUUAACGCCAAAGAGCCGACAACACAUAGAUCUCAAAAUAAAAGAGAAAGAGGAUAAAAUGAUUAGACGGGACUACGAACAACGGAAAAUGAAUGCUUUGAUAUCUCAGGCGGUAACUAAAGGCCUUGGUCUUCAAAUGAGCGGGACCCUUAACCUGGAAAACCAUCCUGCUGGUUUUGCAGCUACCAAAUCUGAUCGUAAUGAUGUAUGGAAUCAAGCCAUCAUCAUGGAGAAUGAUACCACUAAUUCGCUACAACCAUUGACGAAUACACAUAUUCAGAGCUGUCAAGGUAAUCAUGCCCAACGGCUCCUCUUUGAUGACAUAAAAAAGUAUGGCCUUCAAAAAACAAAUACUCUUCAAGUUCAGCACCAUGAGCUUCCAAACCGAGAAGUGGUAGUUUAUCACUUGCCUGAUGAUCAGCCUGCUUACCAUCAUUAUUCUAACGAACCUUCUCAUAGUAAUACUGAUAGAAAACAAUGUCAUCAUUGCCACCGACACCGCUAUCGCCAUCGUCAUUCACGCCAUCGACAGGACGGGCCGCACGUCUUUAACUGGCGGCUUCAUGCUGAAACUGUAGAAUCAUUUGUCGGAAAAGAAGCCCUAAUAACUAAUAACUUUAGCCAACAACAUUCUCCGAUCCCUUUGGUACCCAGGGAUGGGCGAGGAGAAGAUCCACUUAUGACACCUCCCAUUUAUACGUCUAUCACUAGCAUCAGUGAAACUUCUCCCGACAGGAACGCGGUAGAGAUAGGCCAAUUCAGUCCAGGCGUGAGUCUGACACUGCCUGGCGAGGCUUGUUUGACCAGCUCUCCUCCAAUUUUACACAGCGCUGUGGCUACCGUUGCUGUCAGCCCGUCGCCGUACGGGAAUGCGGAGACAGCGAGGCUACCAGAAAGCCUCUGUCAACCAACUUUGGUGGAUCAAAGUAUUUCAGUAGGUGAUCAAGUUGACUUGUUUCGUUCAGCAGGACCUGGUUCGAUAUCCCAACUCAAUUCUCGGGAAGCUCUGACUCAGUCAGCAAACCCUAUUUUUGUGGAGGUGAGUGAAAUGGCGCCCUGA